AUGUGGUAGCCUAUGUAGCCCAGCAGAUGUUGCUGCUGGACAACUAAAGUGGAGUUGAGAGGCGUGUAUCAACAUAAAGGGGUGUAGCCUAACUUUAAGAGAAAGCGAAAGUGUAGAUACCCACACGAACAAGUUAACACAUUCAAAAGCUGUAAAAAGAACAGAACAGAAUAUUAAGGCUGAUAUGAGCGAAUAAGGCUUUUUCAUGACAUCAUCGAAACUUGAAACAUCUUAGGAGUUUUGUUGUUUUCCAAUCAGUCGGACUACCAGUGGGAUUUCUCAACGCAUCAUUAACUUAAUAUACAUGACCACCAUUAGCUGCUCAUGGAGUUGAUGUCAGUGUGCUGCAGAUGGAUCCUUUAUUUAGGUGUUGUGUCUGCUGCUGACAUUUCUGUUGUGAAAGUGAAAAUCGGAAAGCCUGUGACACUCCAUUGUGCCAUAGAUGUUGAGGACAAUGUGGAUGUGGCUUCAAAGAAGAUAGAAUGGAAAACUCUUGACCAAAUGGUGGCUAAGUUUUUGGACAAAAAAGUCACACCAGGCUGUGGCUAUGAGAACAGAGUACAGAUGUUCAAACAAAAUAUUGAAAAGGGGAAUUUAUCUCUUACCAUUACACCCACUUUGAUGAGUGAUUAUGGUGAAUAUGAAUGCCAUUAUAACAGACAACAUAAGAAAUCUUGGUCAUUGCAGAUUACAGCCAACAUUCCAGGUAUGCUUAAAGUGACUGUUGGACAGCCCAUCUGGAUUCCUUGUUAUUCAAGACGAAAGAAAUGCAAUGGAGAUGGAGAGCCAAACACGGAUCCAAUCUCUUUUGAAUGGUUGAAAGACAAUCAACGUGUAUAUUGUAUGCAGAAGGGUGGAAUAAAGGCACCGGGAAGAGCAGAUGUAUCACCUAAUGGCAUAAGAGAUGGAAAUGUAUCUCUUUUCUUUCACACAGCAUAUUUUUCUGACAGCGGGACCUAUCGGUGCAGUCAACAAAAUGAAACUACUGUACUUAAGCUGAAUAUUCACAAAAAAGAAGUACCCGUUUCUAUGAAGGAUCCUCUCUCCCUUCCGCUUUACACAGUCGAUCCCGUUGAUGUGUACUUCCAGAAGGAUGGUUCCAGCAAUACAGUCUUACUUAGUGCAUAUGACAAGAACUGGAAAUACAUCAACAAGACUCAAACACUUGAGUUGCUUGUUGUAAUGAGGAAGCAUUUAGGGACAUACACUGUAAAAGAUAGAAAAAGAGAAGAAAUAUUUUGUACAUACAUUGUGACAUCUCCUGAUGACAAUGUUACACCUGAUGAGUCAAAGUAUAAAAAUGCUCUGAUAACCAUAUUAAUAUUGAUAUGCAUUGCAACAGUAGUGUUUGUCUAUUAUUGCUAUAUACUGUAGAGUAAAAACAAGAGAGUAAAAAAACGAAAGGUUGAUUACCGUUUCAUGUUUGAACAUGUAUUCCAUCAUAUCAAUGAUUGGAAAUAUACUGGAUAUUUCAUAAUGAAAGUACAUCAAUGUUUGUGGCUGGAAUUGUCUGAGAUUGGAUUUCAAACACAAAGAAAAACAAUAUACUACAAAAAUAAUUCUGUGGAAAUAUAUGGAUUCCAGUUGCUGCUACUGGAAGCAACUGAAAUCCAUGCAUUUCCACAGAAUUAUUUUUGGAA